CCAGCUGACAACUGGGCAUACCAGCCCCAGGGGAUCAGGUGGCCUUCCUACCCAGGCCGCUGGCAGCCUAGUUCUCCUGGGCAGAAAGCCCCACCCAGGCUCCAGUGGAGAGUACGGAGCUGGGCCAGACCUUUGCCCCAGGCUUGUAGUCAGAGCAGGGACACGGAGAGGCAAGUGUCCCUACUGCACACGUCCUGACACCCCCGGAAGGAGGCUCUGCACCCCAGGUGACUCAGUCAUCCGGACCAUCACUCGUGAGCUGACCCCCACGUGGGGACUCCACGGAGGAGCCUCUGUUCUCUGAGCCUCAAUGGCAAGGCCAGGGCCGUAGGCAAUGCGUCAGACUCCUGUUCAUUACCAGGGAGGUGGGCGGCCAGGAAUCGCCUGUGCAGGGGCAGUGGUAAAGGCCACAACAAGACAGCAGACCGUGGGGACCGCGGACGGCCCAGCUGUUGGGAGCAGCAGCCUCUGCGUCUUGCCUUCCUCGGGGAGGACUUGGCGGAACCAUGGUGGUGCUACACAGCACCGACAAGGGGAGCCACGGGGUAGGGGUGCCCCUGGAGCCCUUCCUGCACCAGGUGGGGGGCCACCUGAGCAUGCUACAGUAUGACGCUCACACGGUGUGCAAGCCCCUCAUCUCCCAGGAGCAGAAGUUCUACGAGUCCCUGCCGCUGGCCAUGAGAUGCUUCACCCCGCAGUACAAAGGUACCGUCACAGUGCGCCUCCGGAGGGACAGCAGAGGCCGUCUUGGCCUGGUUGCCAACCCACUGAAGGAGAACCUGGAGCCUCUCCAGGUCUCCCCAGAUUCCAGCGCGGUGGCCAUCUGGCAGACGCUUCAGCAGAGUGCCAGCAGUGAUAGCAGCCCCCGUGCCCUGGCCCAGCUGGCACGCUCGCUCACAGAGAGCACAACCAAGGUGCUUCUGAGCCCCGACUGCCACCUCAGUGCCCAGGCGCCCCUCCUGGUGCAAAGUGCAGAUGGGAGCCAGGUGGAGAGGAGGGACUUUAACCCAUGGGGCCUGCACUGUCACCAAGCCCACCUGACCCGCCUGAGCUCUGAGUACCCAGAUGACAAACGGCACCGGUUCUUGCUCUUGGAGAACGUGGUGUCGCAGUACAAGCAGCCCUGCGUCUUGGAUCUGAAGAUGGGGACCCGUCAGCAUGGGGACGACGCUUCCGAGGAGAAGAAGGCCCGUCACAUGAAGAAGUGCGCGCAGAGCACGUCGGCCUGCCUGGGCGUGCGCAUCUGUGGCAUGCAGGUUUAUCAAACCGAUAAGAAGAGCUUUCUCUGCAGAGAUAAGUACUAUGGACGAAAGCUCUCCGAGGAGGGCUUCAGGCAAGCCCUUUCUCAGUUCCUCCACGACGGAACCCGUCUACGCACGGAGCUCCUGGAGCCCAUCCUUCGCAGGCUGCAGGCUCUGCUCGCGGUCAUCAGGAGCCAGAGUUCUUACCGCUUCUACUCCAGCUCCCUCCUCAUAAUCUACGACGGGCAGGAGCCUCCUCAGAACGCUCCCGAGACCACCCAAGGCACCGGUGACCCCGCCAAAGUCGAUGUCCGAAUGAUUGACUUCGCUCACACGACAUGCAAGGGUUCCUGGAACGGGCACACCACCCACGAGGGUCCAGAUCCUGGGUAUAUUUUCGGCCUGGAAAAUCUCAUCGGGAUUCUGCAGGACCUCCAAGAGGGAGACUGAAGGUUCAGGGAACUUUCUGGGCUAUAGAUUUUGCAAAGGGACCCAAGCUAGAGUAGACUAGAUCCCCUGUAGGUGUCUUUGCAAUAACCACAUCUACCUUCAAAAGUCAUCUCUGCACAGCAAUAUUGACAGUUGCUGCAGAAAUCUGCUCUGCAGGCAUACACACACACACACCGGGCAUCUUCCGCAGGGAAGCGGGAGCAGACAGUGAAAGCGCCACCAUUGUCCAAUGCACGGGAGGGUGUAGCCGGGGUCAGAGGUCAGCGCUGCAGUGCUGCAGGGUGCCUGCGGUCCAGAACUCUCUUCCGUUGUCAUGCUGCAGUCCUCAACAGCCGUGAGGGAGAGAGGGAGAGAAAAAAAGCUCCUGGAAGAAGCCUUGAGGAGUAUCCUGCUUGGGUGGAUCCUUCACGCCACAGGCAGACUAGCUAACGCCUCCCACCUCCUACGGAGAGUUAUAGGCGGGACAGGAGAUGGACAACCCUUUCGUCCACCUCGCCUGCCCUGUACUCAGGUUCUAAACAGACAAGAGCACCGGCUGGGGCGUGGUGGGGCGUGGCUCAGUAGGAGGGCUUGUGCGUCACACGCAUGAGGACCUGGGUUCCAUGAAGCCCAGAGUCACAAAAUAAGAAUAACAGUAAUAAUAAAAGAAUGAGUGGACAAGGACAGGCCCAGGCAGACCCCGGCACACCCCCCCGUCAGCAUGUGAGGGGAGGUGUCCCCACAGACUUUGGGGGGGUUGGAAUUAGCAAGUCUGCCACACUGUGACCAGAUGACCCUGACCUGGAAAUGCAGCCUCCAGUUGAGGAGUGCACCAACACAGGAGCCAAUAGCGUUCGGCCGUAGUCUCCAUUUCCAUUUAUUUACUUUGGGUGGGUAGGGGGAGUCGGAAGCAGAGAACCUAGAAGGCGGGGGG